GGGAGCGAGGGAGCUGGACCCCAUGCAGAAGCAGCCUCAGGAGCCCGCGGCGGCCCUGGGCGUCCAGGACCCCGGCAGCGCCCGGCCUGGCUUCAUGAGGCGCCUGCUUGAGGUGGAGGAGGAGGAGGCCGCGCUUCGGAGGGCCGCCAAGGCCCGUGCCCUGCCAGGCCGGAGGUGCCCCCGGGCCCUGGGCCCCGUGUCUGCCCCCGCCCCCAGCCUGCCUCCAACCCUGCCUGCGGCCUCGGUCCGGGCCCCUGCCUCCACCCCGGCCUGGGCCCGGCCGCCCGCCCCUGCGCCAGUCCCUGCCCCCGCGGGGACCCCGGGCCCAGCUCCUGGGCCCGCUGCAGUCCUGCAGGUGCCCGCGUCGGAUCUGGCCUGGAGAAGGACAGAACUUCUGAGCCACAGCGGGGAGAGGAGCCUGAAGGCACGGCAGGAGCUGGAGGAGCGCUGCCUCCUCAAAGUGUGUCAGACCUGGGAGGAGAGGGCGGAGGAGCACCUCACCAUGAAGCAGGAGGAAGCCUUCCGCAGCUACUUUGAGAUCUUCAACAGUCAUGGCGAAGUGGACGCGCAGAGCCUGGAGAACAUCCUGCUUCUUGUGGGCAUCUCCCUGACGCCGGCCCAGGUGGAGGGUGCCCUGAGGAGCGCUGACAUCGACGGAGAUGGUCAUGUGAACUUCAAAGACUUCUUGACCGUGAUGACAGACACCAGGCGCUUCUUCUGCUCUGUGGAACAGAAUGCCCUGAUGGAUAUGGCUCCUCCAAAUCCCCAUACUCUGUUCUUUGAGAUCCUGUCCCUGCUGGUUGAGAUGCUGGCCUUACCCGAGGGAGCCUUAGAGGAGAUCACCAGCUAUUACCAGAGGAAGCUGAAGGAAGGCACCUGUAAGGCUCGGGAGAUGGAAUCGGCCGUAGGGCGGCUGCAGCCCCGGAAGAAGCUUCCCUACAACACCCCGCAGGCAGACACCCUGGAGAUGCCCGAACGCAGAGUCCUCAGGGUCCUGAGCCGGCUGAAGCAGCAGAACUACGCUGCCAACCUGCAGAGCCCGUACGCCCAGGUGCCUUGCAUCCCGCUCUGCCCGCGGCUGGACAAGAAGACGGUCCGCCGGAAGCAGGGCGGCCACUACAUGCUGGAACAGUGUACCACCAGCGGCCUGGGCCCCGACAUCCACAGCAUCCUCUUGCACGCUGGAUCUCAGGGAGGCAGGUGGGUACCCCGAGGGCAGGGCAGGCCCCAGCGUAGGCCCGUCCGCCUCCUCGUGAGAGGGCCCGGCCUAAUCCAAGGGGCAUCCAGCCUUCUAGGAGGCGGAUGCAGACACUGCUGCUCCAGCGAGGAGAGAGGGGAAAGGACAGGAGAGGGAAGGAACUGAUCUCUGGGCCGGGCGGGUCGUUCCAAAGCCAGCGUACUCACGCCUUUCGGUGCCCAGGACUCCCUGGCACUACCUGCCUUUCUCACACAGAGGGUUUAAUUCUCAAGUUCUUUGCCUGAGUCUGAUUCCGCUUUCAUAGUAGUAGGAGACUGGCUCAGCAGCCGGGUGGAUGUGAGCUUUGCCUGCAGCGGUCAUCCCUGGGCCUGCUGGGAUGAAACCACACGAGCCUUGGAAUCAGGCCCCCAGCCCGACUGGGGCUCCAUCCCUGCCCUGGGCAGACGGGGUGGCUCACUCCCUCCCACCCUUCUCCCCUGCCUCUCCCCCAGGGAACCUGGCCGUCUGAAUUCUGUACCAGCUCGAACCCACUGACCCUGCCGAGUCCAGACUCUGCCUGCGUCUGACGGGUCACCGGGCAGGGGCUGCUGCUGGAUUUUUCUUUUGUGGCCUGGUAAGCCAAUAAACAAGAACCUCAGCCUCUGUGCCUCUGUGCCACCCGACUGUGAGAGUGUGGGGCCUCAGGCUCCAGAGCCCUGAAGGCGGAGCCGCCCUGAAAGCCUGCGGAGGGCCAGGUGUUCUGCUGGAGGUGGCCUGGGUGCAAGUCUUGACCUUCUCUGCUCUCCAAGCACAGAACGGGACUGUCCUCAGAUGAGUUUCUCCAGGCUUUGGACUAGGAGCCCCGCAAGGGCAGGAAUUCUUCCCCCUCGCUUGAAGGAAAUGGUGGAUAUAAGGGACCUGCCUGGGAACGACCCCGGCCUCUCACACAGGCAGACCCCAUGGAAAGGUGGCUGGUGGGGUGGGGAGGCUCGCGGGGGGCUGAGCCGUGCUCUCCCAAGCGGAGACCCAGGACCCAGGGGUCUCCUUCCCUGGGAGUCGAUGGGUUUGGGUUCUUGGCCUG